AUAUGAGAUGGUACUCUAGAGAGAUGUGUCUCUCUAACAAAAUGGUGAAAAUUACUUUAACAUUGCUCCUGUUAUCUAGAUGUUUUGAUGGCAGAACAGGUUGUCAGACAGAAGGUAAUGAAUUCCAAAAAAAGCGGGAAGAAUUGUACAGAGAUCUGCUGGGUACCUAUGACAACAGGAUAAUUCCCAAGUGUACCCACUAUCCAGUAAAUGUAUCCAUACAGCUAGUCCCAAGAGAAAUCGUGGACGUCUUUGAACGACAAGAAAUCGUCAAGUUCCGGCUGUGGAUCAGGUUAACUUGGUUUGACUGUAACCUGGUUUGGGACCCGGAUACAUACUGUGGUAUCUCCACUUUUGUGGUUCCCUACGAUGACAUAUGGAUUCCCGACGUAACACUCCUGGAAGGGGUGGAUAAUAUUGCCAACAUGCCGGAUAUGAAGGAGUACAGAGCACUUGUGAACAGUAACGGAACUGUCCAUUAUAACUUUCCCACAGUGGUGCCUACGGCGUGUUCCAUGGACUUGAAAUAUUAUCCUUAUGACAUUCAGAAGUGUAGUAUUACAUUCAUGCCCUGGAUUCAUAACUCUGAUGAUGUUGACCUAGAAUCUGAGUCAAUGUACGGGGAACUUUCUCAUUUCCUGGACAACCAGGAGUUCAUUGUUAAAGAAGUACCAGCCUCACUUACACUAGAAAACUACCCAUGUUGUGGAGGGAACUUCUCAAAAGUUAGCUUCACAAUCAAAAUGAGGAGAAGACCGGUGUUCUUCAUGGCCACCAUUGCAGUUCCAUUUUUCAUCAUCACCAUCAUAUCCUGUGCUGGGUUUGCCCUACCUUCCAUCUCGGGUGAGAAGAUCUCCUUCCACACAACAAUAAUGCUGGCCCUUGUUGUGUUCUUGCUUCUGGUACAGGAUCAGUUCCCAUCUGCCUCUGAAACGUUCCCUCGAAUCGCCAUUUACUUCACCAUCAGUAUGAUUUUAAGCAGCGUCUCAUGCGUCAUGUCGGCCGUAGUGAUGUAUAUAUAUUAUAAUGACCUCAGUGGAAAGAAAAUGCACAGAUGGGUCAGGAUGGUCUUCAUCGAGUGGCUGGGAAAAAUAAUGCUGGUCAAAGAGAGAAACCUUCCCUAUCAUGCAUAUCAAACAACUGAUGGAGAAAAGGUUCAGUUACCACCAGGUGUCACAUGGGAUGACCUGAGUAAGAGCAGAAAAAGUCAUAAAAGCUUCGUUAUCCUGAACACUGUGUUUGAUAAUCGUCUAUCUAAAAGUACGGAAACCGAGGAAACUCUACCGAAAAUGAGAAACCAUGGCUAUGUAUCCAACAAUAGAAAUAACGGCAAUAAAUCAGAAGAUAAAAAUGACGAGGAAGAUGUAAAAUCAGCAGAUUCCGCUAACACAAGAAAAAUGAAUGACUGGGAACUACUGGCAUAUACAAUGGACAGAUUCUUCACCAUCUUCUAUAUUUUCAUGACCUUUGUGAAUUCCUUGGUGUUUUUUACUGUCAUGAAAGCCCAUGAAACAGACGAAUAAAACUGAUCAUCAAUUGAUAUUAAUUGCAGAUUGACAAUUUCUCCUGGAUUUAUAUUGAUUAGAGAGUACACUGUAAACCAACUUUCAUUUGCGUGCAAGAAAUAUUCAUGAGAUUGGCGACCUACAUUAAGUCUCCAUUAUUAAUAGCC